UCCUCUACGUGAUUCAUAUGUAAAUAUUAACCAGAUGCAAAUAUUAAUUUGUAUUCGGUCAGAAAUUAAGAGCAAGAGAUCUAGAGAUGGAGAAAAGCAAAGUGUUGAUUGUUGGGGCUACAGGUUACUUGGGGAAGCGGUUGGUGAAGGCGAGUCUAGCGCUUGGCCAUGAAACCUACGUACUCAACAGAGAAGAGAUUGGUGUGGAUAUUGAGAAAGUUCAAAUGCUCUUGGGGUUCAAAGAGCAAGGAGCCCAUCUAGUUCCGGGUUCUUUUAACGAUCACCAGAGUCUUGUUAAAGCUGUGAAGUUAGUUGAUGUUGUCAUUUGUGCAAUUUCUGGUGUUCAUAUCAGGAGCCACCAAAUUCUCCUUCAGCUCAAGCUUGUCGAUGCCAUCAAAGAAGCCGGAAACGUAAAGAGAUUUUUGCCGUCCGAAUUUGGGACUGAUCCAGCGAGGAUGGGGCACGCAAUGGAACCUGGAAGAGUGACGUUUGAUGAUAAAAUGGUAGUAAGAAGAGCAAUUGAAGAAGCUGGAAUUCCUUUUACGUAUGUUUCCGCAAAUUGCUUCGCUGGUUACUUUCUUGGCGGCCUUUGUCAACCUGGUAGGAUUCUUCCUUCUAAAGAUUCUGUAUUCUUGCUCGGUGACGGCAACACAAAAGCUAUAUAUGUGGAUGAAGAUGAUAUAGCGAUGUACACAAUCAAAUCAAUAGAUGACCCUCGAACCCUCAACAAGACUUUAUAUAUUAGACCACCCAAAAAUAUCUUAUCUCAAAGAGAAGUUGUCGAGACUUGGGAGAAAUUGAUUGGGAAAGAGUUGCAUAAAUCCUCCAUCUCCGAGGAACAAUUUCUAGCUUCCCUAAAAGGUCAAAAUUACGCGGAACAAGUUGGUUUAACACAUUAUCAUCAUGUAUGUUUCGAGGGGUGUCUUACAAAUUUCAAAAUCGGAAACAAAGGAGUGGAAGCUUCUGAACUUUAUCCAGAAAUUCAAUAUACUACCGUCGAUCAUUACAUGCACCGCUAUUUAUAAAAUGAUUGUUCCCUCAUUACUAAUGUCCUGCUUUUC